CUACCUCCACCACCAGAGUUGCAAGACCUGUGUGUAAGACCGUGCCGUGGACUCUCUGGCUCUUAGAUUUCCCCACCUUAUGGGUUCCCCGCUACCUGCGGUCAAAGUUGUAGAGUAAACUGCAAAGCUAACCUCAAAUGUUAGUGCAGCGAGAGUGUAAGUUUCACGUCAACUUAUACAGAAGAAACUACCAUGAACUUCUAACGAUAGCUUGUAGCCAUAUCUACAAUGCCCAGGUCUUGUGUUGUUUCCAAAUGCAAAACUGGUUAUAAAAGUUUGAAGGUUAAACGCUCGGUUUUCAAAGCACCAUCGAAUGUUGAAUUGUUUGACAAGUGGAAAGCGGUGUUACCGGAGGGAGUUCGUUUAACUGCGACGAAAUUUGUCUGUGAAAGACAUUUCAAAGAAGAAGAUAUCGUUAGAAGAUAUGUUAGAUUCGAUCAGAAUGGUCGAAAAAUUGCAGAUGUUCCCUUCAAGUGUCCUCGAUUGGCGGACCAGGCUGUUCCGUCGAUAUUUACUCCCGAUGACGAGACUGCUCAAUCCUUUUCUUCAGUCACCAAUUACAGUGAAUUGUCAGACUCGAUAGUCGAGAAAAAUGAUUCUCAGACAUUCAAAGCCAUGGAAGCGUCAAAUAUUACUCACGAGGAAGUAAAAUUGGCGGAAGAAAAACCAUUGCCACAAUUUUCACAAACAGAAAUUGAAAAUGUGAGAACAUCACCUGCAUCUAAAUCACAGACUGGAAAUUAUUUAACUGUGUUACUGAAAAAUGAAAUGAGCAUUUGUACGGCUGAAGACUCUGAACUAGUCGCUGUCAAUCAGGCUAAAAUAUCAGAAGAACCAAAAACAUCUGUACAUUUGUUUAAUGCACUUACUUCAAAAAUCAAUCAAGGUGAAGAUAUUUCGAAAGCCAAUGAAAAUGACUUCUCGAUUCCUACAAGUUGGACGGUUAUAAAUCAGCUUUCCCCAAACAAGCAAUGUGUUACAAUCACCCACACACGAUAUAUGAAAAAAAACGGUGUGCAUCACCCGAUCUUUGAUAAAUAUGUCACAAUUGAUAUCGAUAAUCGAAUACGAUACUUCAUUUCGGGACGCGUUGUAGAAGCGCAAGAGGCCGGACUGCAAGAAACUUUAUUAAAUAAAAUAGAACUGACCAACAUUUUGAACAAAUUUGGAAACAUCAAUUUGUGUGGAGGUUUAGGAAACGUUGACACGCAAUAUCUUGAACUGAACAACGAAUUCAGAGAUUAUUUCGGUGAUUUGCACAGUGAUAAUUGUUCUCUGAUAUCAAAGAUGAAGCGAUGUCGCAGUUGUAUAAAGCUGCGGAAAAUCGCUUUUCAGAGAAAAUCCAGGUACAAUAACGAUCAGCCGAUACGACGUAUGCGAAAGGCUAUGAAUCCGAUUGAUCAGAGAUUGUUGCUAGCAUCACAGAAGAAAUUGAAACGUCAAAAACGUAAAUUAAAACGAAUCAUGGCGGAAAGAGAAUUGUUGAAGAAUUCGCUAGCUGAAAAGACCCAAGAGUUGACCAAAAUCAACAACGAACCGUUUGAUGAAAAGUGUUCAAAACUCAACAUCCCAGCUGCUCAAAGAAUAACACUGAAUGAAAUAAUCGCAGCCGCUUCCACAACCAAAUCCAAUGGCCGACGUUAUUCGAACGAAUGGAUAAUGCAGUGUCUUUUGUUGAACAUAAAGUCGCCAUCUUUGUACGAGUAUUUAAGGGUGAAUAACAUUCUACCGUUACCCUGUUCAACAACUAUUCGUCGAUAUUUUUCACUCGCAAACAAGAAGUGCAACUUUGAUCAAAAUUUCACCGAGGUACUGAGGCGUAAAUUUGACAAACUAAAACAGAAAGGACUUAAACUGGACGGUCUGAUUUUGUUAAAGGAUCUCGAAACGAAAAAUCCAAUGGAUAUUUCUGCAGAAAGUCCAGCCUAUGUCAGUGUAUCGGAUUUCAGAAACGACGUCCUAAAGUCUCAAAGUGUCAAUGAUCAACCCACGCACGGUCUUGUUCUGAUGUUUCAAUCGUUGACGGACAGACAGACUCAUCCCGUUGCAGUUUUCAAUGACGAAAAUCCUAUCCGAGGUGAACAAAUAUCAAAAUUAAUUAUCGAGGCGAUCGCAUGCCUAGAAAACUGUGGGGCCACAAUUCAUGGCGUUAUCGCUGAUGAUAAAACGAUGAAUAAGAAAAUCUGGUCUUCGUUGGGUGUCGAAGGCUCGAUUAAUGGCAUCAAAACAUGGUUUACACACCCUGUCGAUGAGAGCCGCAAAGUUUUCGCAUUUUCCAAUGCGUUGCACUUGAUAAGAUGCAUAAGAGAUCAAUUAUACGAUAAUAAACGACUGCGUAUAAAUUCUCGUAGUAAUUACAUUGAGUGGAAAUAUAUCCAGGCUUUAUUCAUUCUCGACAGUGAUGAAGCGAGGGCUAGAGUUUGUCCUGAAAUUACACAGAAUCAUGUAAAAUUGGAUAGCACAUUAAGAAUGUGCGAUUGUCUUGCAACGCAGGUGUUCAGUAAUUCUGUGGCAAACGGGCUCAAAUUUUAUUUGGAUCGAAACUGUGAUUCAUUAAUCGGGUGUGAAGAAACUAUUGCAUUCUGCAAACGCAUGAAUGACAUGUUUGAUGCCUUGAAGUGUAACGCCGCAAAUCAAGGACUCACCCCUGAUUCUGCCAAUCUCAAGGUAUUGGACGAUUGUUUGAAAUGGUUAAAUACUUGGGAAUUAGCGCAGUUCAACGGCGAAAUAACGGCGGACGAAUUUUUAAAUACAGAAACAGCGCACGGGUUGCGUGUAAGCUUAACGUCGACUAUCGAGUUAUGCAAAUAUCUGACAGGGAGACUCGAAUUCGAAUGUCAAUUUGCAGGUGAAGCAAGCUAAAAGACAAGGCAGAGGUGUUUUUUCAUACGAUUCAUUAAAAAUAUUCCCGUUUCAAACGAAAAUUAUUAAGAUUCUUUUCCUGUCUUUCCUUUAGACACAUUUUUCAGCUUUCAUUCAGUUAUCGAGGGUGUUGCAUUAUAAAUUGACUGACAUGUCUUUUCAAUAAGCAUUAAAAAUAUCAGUUUUGUAAAAGUUGUAUCAAUAUAUACACAUAAUGGCCAUGAUUGUGAAAUUAACAAUAAAUUUGCGUCAGCGCACGUUGGUCCCAAACCCCAAAAAGCCAGUCAAAUUUUGAAAGAAGUUUCUUUUCUAGGGACUUUUGACUGUUGGGGUAGUGUAGGAGUUCAUAUAGUAUGUAUUAUGACCGCGGAUGGGCAAGGUUUCUUACCUGACUUAGGAAUUCAAUUCGUUCUUUAGCGUCAAGAGUGUCGCAUCAUUAGCUUGUGAUACGCCAAAAAAUUCAUCGGUUUGAAACAUGCGUAGAAUGAUGAGAAGUUGACCGAUUUGGAUUCUGUAAAAUGGAUUCUUCCCCAGAAAGUAAUUACAAUCUGAAUGUGUGAAAACGCGAAAUUGUUAUUAACAAUAUAUGAGCUAGUAGAUUAAUAAUAAAGGUAUUCGUAUUUUUCUUGGUCACACUCUAAAAAUUCAUGAUACCAAAAGCAAUAAGUCAAAUGUUCCAUCAGAUCCCACUCUGAAACCAAACAGAAGUUGUUGAAAAAAGAUUUGUUCAAAACGUAUCAAAAAAUUAAUUACCUAUUCAGCUUCAGUUAUAAUUUUCAUGCAAUGAUGUGCGAAUGCAUUUCAAUCUGUACAUAUUCCACUUUCAGUUUUUCGUAAUGGUCCUGUAUAAAAUACUGUUUAUAAUUGGUGAAAAUAAUUCUAUUGAUCUUUCUUUCCAACUUUUACAGAAUCUACAAAUUUUGACUAAACAACAGAAAUUUCUUAUGCAAGAAAGGGAAUUUUAAUAUUUUUGUAAACAGUAUUAACCAAAAAUAUUAACGUAAAGAAUGACAAUAUUGAAACAGAGAUGUUAAAUAAAUUCAGGCAUCCAUACAUUGUGCCACAAACGCAUUU